UCAAACUCGCCAACUCAAAUAUGAAGUGAGUUACACAUUUAAGGCUGGAACUGACUACUGCGACUUUAAGACGGCCAAGCCAAGCUAGUUGUGGCCCAACAAAUACUGAAGCCAGUCAAUAUAUAUCAUCAAUACAGAACAUUGGCGCAAUUGAAAUACCAGCAGUGAUGGUGUUGAAGCCAUCGACAUCGACAACAGCUGCAAAAUAUUUUGAGUUGAGUUGCGGAAAGUGUUCAAAACCCAAAAACUCAUUUGAGUGAUUAAUGGCAGAAAAUCUAAAGCAGUAAAAAAAACAGCAAACGGAUAAAAAAUUUCAAAUCAAGAGAAAUUUUGAUGAAGAUUUUUGUUUUUUUUUUGGUUUUAAUGUUGAAAACCAGACAUAGUCUCCAACUCGCCAAUGUGUCUGUCGAGGCACACAUUGCAAACGACCUCUAAAUCUAAUCCAAGCAUAUGCCGCAAGUUAACAUCAUUUUUGAAUUAAAGAAAUUAUUCAAGCUGAUGAGAGCCUUCAAUGUGGCAUGUUAAUCUUCAAUUUCAAGGGAAUUCUUAUCUGCUCCCACACAAACUGUUUUUGAGUUUGCAUCGUAAGCAUUGGGAUAGGCAAGAAAAAAUGAUGCGAAUUGCGUCCCUAUUUCUCGUAUUGCUACUGAUUGCUGCUUGCAGAGCUGGCAUUAUACGCCACGAUACUACCCCAGGCUCCAUGGCCUAUUCUCAUCAAUCCAUCACUCAUAUUCGUAGAGAAGCAAAGCCUAGAAUUUUAUCAACUCCUUCCCUGACCGCCAAUAGUCAUACUUCAAGAAAAGUGAAAUUUCCCAGCUCUAAAGAAGAGAGUUCGACAUCCGAAAAGUUGCAAUCGUCUCAGCCACCUACAAAUACACUUGUAUCCGAGGAUCCUUAUAUAACAUACAAGGAGCAAACGCCAGUGUUUAAAAGUCCCUUGCAUACACCCGCUCAUCUAACCUACUCAGCACACCCGGUGGUGUAUAAAAUGCUGCCAAUGAUUGUUCCUGCUCCCUAUAUAAGUUAUGAUAAAUAUUUGACUAGUCGUAGACAAUAGGACGAUGUAUGAGAGGAUUUUAGUUAUAAGUAUAUUAUAUAAUAGGUUUUUUUUAAUAUUUACGGUUAUGGCAGAUGCCACACCAAACAAUUGUUAUAGGCUCAUUUUGUUGAAUAUAUUAUACCCUUCACCAUAGGAUGGGGGUAUACUAAUUUCGUCA